AUGAACAAUGAAACAAAACGUGAUCUUAAUCAAUUAGAUUCAUCAUUUAUGUAUACAAAACUUCUCAAAGAAAUUAUUCUCAAUAUGAAUUUUGAUGACAAAGCAAAAAGAGAUUUUAUUCAAUAUUUAUUCAAUGAAUAUGAAAAUAAUCAAUCAAUGUUACAUCUUAUCAAUGAAUUUAAUAAAAAUUAUAAGAAUCAUUCAUCACUUUGGUGGUAUACCAAAGAAUCUUUUAUUUAUGAAAUACUUAAUAAAGCAUUUCGAACACAAAAUAUUGAUCUUCUUAUCAAAAUGGCAUUUUUUAUUCAAGAUCUUCUUGAAGAAAUCAAACAUUCACACAUUGAUCCAUUCGAUGAACAAUGUCCACGAAUUGUUUAUCGAGGACAAGCUAUUUCAAAUGAAGAUUUUCAACAAAUUCGAAAUAAUAUUGGUUGUCUUUUAUCUUUUAAUAAUUUUUUAUCAACAAGUAAAGAUUAUGAUGUCGCUUUUCUCUAUGCUGAAAGUAUUAAACAAAAUUCAUCUGUAAUAUCUGUUCUUUUUCGAAUUCAAAUUGAUUUUGUAGAAUCAUCAACAUAUUUCACUUCGUUGAAUCAAAUCACACAACAUCAUGAUGAAAAUGAAAUACUUUUCUCAAUGCAUUCUGUGUUUAGAAUUGAAAACGUGAAGAAAAUCGAUGAUCAAUUAUGGGAAAUUCAAUUGAAAUUAACAAGUGAUGAUGAUGAACAAUUGAAUCGACUUACUGAUUAUUUUAGAAAAGAAUUUGGAAAAACAUCAGGAUGGAAACGAUUGGGUUUAUUAAUGUUAAAAACAGGACAUUUUCGUCAAGCAGAAGAAAUUUUCAACAAAUUACUUCUUUUAGCUCAACCAAAUAAUUUCAAAGAAAUCGCACAUCUUUAUCAAUUGUUGGCAUUUGUCUAUGUACAACAGGCGAAUUUUACAGCAGCGUUUUCAUCUCUUGUCAAAGCUUUGCAAAUUCGAUUAAAAUAUUUUCCAUCUGAUCAUUUGAUGAUAAUUACUGAAUAUAAUAACAUUGCAGAAACUUUCAGACAAAUUGGAGAUUAUUCGAAUGCACUUUUACUUUAUCAAUACAUCUUACAGACUUAUCAAAAUGAAAACUCGUGGAAUUCUGAUGCUUUGAUUGGUAUUUGUAAUAACAUGGGUCUCAUUUAUAGUUUAUUGAAUGAUCAUUCAAAAGCACUUUCAUUUUAUGAAAUAACUUUAACAAUUACAAAAGAACUUUUACCAUUAAAUCAUCCAGCCACAUCAAUAGUACAUAGUAAUGUCUCUGAUAUAUACACACACAUUGGAGAUUAUUCCAAAGCACUCUUACAUUUACAACAAUGUCUUCAUAUUCGACAGAAAACGCUUCCAAAUGAUCAUCCGUCGAUGGCUAUUGUAUAUGAUAAAAUUAGUAUUUUAUACAAAUUAUUAGGUCAUUAUCCGAAUGCACUUCAUUUCUCACAAAAAGCAAUGGAAAUUCAGAUUAAAUCUCUUCCACACGAUCAUCCAGAUUUAGCUGUUAUUUAUGCAAAUAUUGGUGAAAUAUAUGAAUUAUCAAAGAAUUAUACGGAAGCACUUCUCUUUUAUCAAAAAUCACUCCAUAUUGAUGAAAAGAUAAUUCCUCGACAUAUUGCUCGUUUGAGUGGUGUUUACAAUCGUAUCGGAUGUUUAUAUAACUUGAAUAGAGAUUAUUUAACUGCUCUUUCAUUCUACAAUCAAGCUCUCGAAAUGCUUCAAAAAUCUUCAUGUGAUGGUUUUGCCUCUCAAAUAGCUUCAACAUAUUACAAUAUCGCUCAAAUAUACAAAAGUAUGAAUGAUUAUUCUACUGCAUUAUCCUUCUGUCACAAGGCGAUUGAUACCGUAGAAAAAGCAACUCAUAUUAACUACCAGCAAUUAGCUAUUAUGUAUGGUUGUAAUGGUUUCUUAUAUCAGUCUGCUGGAGAUCAUUCUGCCGCUGAGACGUGUUUUCAGAAAGCACUUGAAAUUUGCGAACGUUUUUUCUCUUCUCAUUCUAUACUUUUAGGUGGUAUAUAUUACGGAUUUAGUUUAGUAUAUGCAUCGAUGGGUUCAUAUACAACUGCCCUUUCCUAUAAUCAAAAAGGACUUGAAUUCUUUCAACAAUCAUUACUUGAUUCACCAAUUUUACCUCUCAUGUAUAAUCAGAAUGGAGAAUUAUAUGGUAUUCUUGGUGAUGAAUCAAAUGCACUUUCAUCGUACAAGAUAGCGUUAGAAAUUCAACAAAAGUCGAAUCCUAAUGAUGUUGAAACUAUUUUAAUGUUUUAUACCAAUAUUGUUAAUGUAUUUGCAAAAUUAGGCGACGUUUCAAAUACACAAUUGUUUUAUGAAAAAUUAGAAAGACUUAGAAAUGAAAAUGGUUCUCACCAGGAUAAAUUCUUGCACGAAAAUUACAUUAGCAUGGGUAACUUGUAUUUUCAGCAAAAGAACCAUGAUAUGGCGCUUCACUGUUAUGAAAAAGCACUCGCUUUUGAAAAAGAUGGUGAUUUUCAGUGUCUUUAUACUAUUGUUGGUGCGUACAACGGUAUUGGACUUACACAUUUAUCCAUGGGAAAUUAUGAAACUGCCUUGAUAUUUUUUUAUAAAUGUCUUGAAAUUCAAGGAAAAGAUAUCGAUGAGGGCCAAUUGGAACACGCUUUUCUAUAUUAUAAUAUUGGCAGAGCUUAUGAAGCAAUAGAGGAUUACGAAAAUGCAUUGAAAUUUUUUCACAAAUCAUUGGAAAUCAAACAGAAAUGUCUUCCUGCUAAUCAUCCGUCAUUACUUAAUACUCAUCUGGGUUUAUCCGAGAUAUGUGCAAAAUUGCAUCAAUAUAGAGCUGCUCAAGAACAUCUUCUGCAAGCUGUUGGAAUAGAUAAUCAAGUUGAUGAAUCAAAUACUUCUGCUGUAGACAAAAACAAUGAUUUGAUAGAAAAAUUAUAA